AUGACAAAAAAAUACACCGUGUUCCUAUCGGAGUCCUUACAGAGAGCAAGGCAGGAGCGGCUUUGUGUAGAAAGGGCAGCAAAGAUUUCUGCUCUGGAGGCAGAUCUUUCCUGUGCUGUGUGCUGUGAGAUUUUCAAGGAUCCUGUAUCUCUUCAUUGUAACCACAGCUUCUGUAAAGGAUGUCUGGAUCUGUGCUGGAAAGAGAAGAGAGUUCGGGAGUGUCCUGUGUGCAGGGGGAGGAGUUCAAAGGAGAAUAUUCAACCUAAUUUCGCUCUCAGGAAUAUUGUGGAGUCCUUCUUAAAGGAACGCAGUCAGAAUCCUCCAGCACCUGCUGGAAUACUCUGCAGUCUGCAUGAUGAGAAACUGAAGCUGUUCUGUGUGGAUGAUAAAGAGGCUGUCUGUCUUGUGUGUCAAACUUCAAAGAAACAUGAGAAUCACAAGCUCCGUGCUGUUCAGGAGGCUGCACGGGAUUGUAAGGGAGAACUCAAGACUGCGCUGAAGCCCUUGCAGGACAAGCUGAAAACCUUUAAUAAAGUUAAAAACGAAUGUGAUGAAACAGCAGAGCACAUCAAGAAACAAGCCCAGCAAACAGAGAGGCAGAUAAAGGAGGAGUUUGAGAGACUUCACCAGUUUCUACGAGAUGAAGAAAAGGCCAGGAUAGCUGCACUGAGGAGGGAAAGGAUACAAAAGGGAAGAAUCAUGAAAGAGAAGAUUGAAAAACUUACAAGAGAAAUCUCAUCCCUUUCAGACAUAAUCAGAGUGAUAGAAGAGGAGAUGGAAGCUGAAGACAUCUUCUUCCUGCAGAAGUACAAAGACACACAGAGAAGAGCCGAGUGCACACUGCAGGAUCCACAGUGUGUUUCAGGAGCGCUGAUAGAUGUAGCCGAGCACCUGGGCUCUCUGAAGUACAAAGUGUGGGAGAAGAUGCUGGGGAUUGUUCAAUACAGUGAGUCCUGUGGGGCAGCAUCACAAAGGACGGGGGGGGGGGGGGGGGUGCAUAUAACCACAAUCCACAAUGUGUGUAAGCAGCAAGAUACAGCUCUCUACAAUCAAUAA